AUGGGAAGACAACGUAGAGUUUUGCUCCAGCACAGCAACGAUUUGGAGCCACUGCACGCUGCAGACUUUCUAUCGGCUGACUGGUUUAGUGGCGUGGAUUAUAUGUACGCAAGUACACAUAAAACACGUUUAGUAUCGGCCGAUAGAAAGUCUACAGUGUGCGGGGCUCUUAAUCAGGCUCAGACAUCUCUUGAUGAA